GAUUGCCGGGAUUUUUAGAAUCCAAAUCGUGUUUUGUGAAUAGAAAAAAAGUUUAGACAAAGUUUUCAGACGAAAUUAAUUCGAUAUGUUGAAAUCGUUGCGUGAACGUUCACAGAAACGCAAAAAACUUCUGGCACAAACCCUUGGUGUUCAAAAUGUAGAAGACUUAAAGCAUGUGUUAGGGACCGUAGAAGACUCAUCAUCGAAACCAUCAAAUGAUGACGCGAAAAAACAGAGCAAUUCCAGAAAAUCACAAUCGGAAAACCUUUUCUACCGCGAUUCAUCAACAUUUUUAAAGGGAACACAAUCAUCGAAUCCACACAAUGACUACUGCCAGCAUUUUGUCGACACGGGACAAAGACCACAAAAUUUCAUACGUGAUGUCGGAUUGGCCGACCGAUUUGAAGAAUAUCCGAAAUUACGUGAGCUGAUACGUUUGAAAGAUGAUUUGAUAAAGGAAACAGCGACACCGCCAAUGUACCUGCAAACUGAUUUGAAAACAUUCGAUUUGAAGAGCCUGGGCGUGAAAUUUGACGUGAUUCUUAUUGAACCACCGCUUGAAGAAUAUUUCCGUGGUGGAAGUGCAUUAGGCGUUGCUGGUGCGCAACAGCCUGUAUUUUGGAACUGGGACGAGAUUCAGUCGCUUGAUAUAAACGAAAUUGCCGCACACCGUAGCUUCGUGUUUCUAUGGUGUGGUAGCUCUGAAGGUCUCGACAUGGGCCGCAAUUGUCUGCGUAAAUGGGGUUUUCGACGAUGCGAAGACAUUUGUUGGAUCCGAACCAAUAUCAAUAAUCCAGGCCAUUCGAAAAUCCUGGAACCGAAAGCAGUGUUUCAGCGCACAAAAGAACACUGUUUGAUGGGCAUCAAAGGCACUGUUCGACGUUCGACUGACGGCGAUUUCAUUCAUGCCAAUGUUGACAUCGAUUUAAUCAUAUCGGAAGAAGGCGAAUUUGGCAAUUUGGAAAAACCAAUCGAAAUAUUCCACAUAAUCGAGCAUUUUUGUUUGGGGCGUCGACGUUUGCAUUUGUUUGGUCGCGAUUCUAGUAUCCGUCCCGGCUGGUUGACUGUUGGCCAUGAACUCACCAAUUCCAAUUUUAACAGCGAACUGUAUUCGACACUCUUUGACGAGAGCAACACGACCGGCUGCACCGACCGAAUCGAGGCACUGCGACCAAAAAGCCCUCCAGCCAUUACGAAGUCGAUGCGUGGCCGAGGCAUUCCAAGUCGCGGGUACCCACGCGGCAGAGGACGAGGACGUUUAUUACAAUAACAAACCACAUUGUUCCAGGUAGCUCUCAUCAUGAGGAAAUUAAGAAAGAGAAUUUACUUUUAUUCAAAUAGUUAUGACAAUGUAUUUUUUUCUCUUUUACAUAAAUUCUUAUGAUAAUAAAAUGAUGAUAUAUAACGAAA